AUGCAGGACGGGAGCUGGAAUCAAUCCCUACCCCUCUCUCUGCUUAUGAAGGAUGGGGGCGGGGUACUAGAGAGAGACGGGGGGGUGUUCUCGGAGGCGUCGUCUGAUGGGGAUCUGUACCUGGACUCUAUGGCGGAUCUGGACGCCGGAGUCGGGGACUUUUCAGACCUUACCGCCUUCCUCAGCCAAGACGAAAUCAACCGCAGCCUGGACCUGGCUCGGGAGGCCUUCAGUGACGCCGAAGACCAAGGAGGUCCUGUCUCCCCUAUUCCUAGAACCCAGGAGCCGGCUCUCUACUUCCCCUCCCCCCUCAACACCACAGAAUACCUGACCAAAAGCCCCAGUUUCCCCCACCAGUCCAAAGCCCCCUCCCCAGAUGACAGCCACUCAGUCAAAGUCACCUCCAGCCAGAGUUUCCACCUCAGCAGGCCCAUACAGGCCACAUGCGAAGCCACUGCCUUGCCUGAGAAGUUUGUCUGCCACAAGAACAUCACCCCAGUCUACAAGCAGGACAAGCCCCGACUGGUCCAUGAGGGCUUGGAGCUGAAUGAACGGGCUGCCUCCGCCACUGAGUUCUGUAGCCGUGCUGCCACCUUCAUCGAGGAGCUGUCCUCCAUCUUUAAAGGCUCCUCCCGGCUGGAGCAAAAGGGGGAGGAAGACUCCUCCUCUCCCGACAGCGGGUACCUGUCUCCUAAGAGCCACUGGCUGCCCCCCCAAGGCUCUGCCUCUGUUCCCUCACAGCCUCUCAGCCAACAGGGGGCACCACAGCAGGGCGAGCCAGGCCUGGGUACCCAGCCAGCAAGCAUGAUGGGCGGAAUGGGUGUGAUGGGUGUCCCUCCUCUGAGUGUGACGGGGGAGCCAGUUGUCUCUGGUUUGAUGAGUGUGAAUGAAUUGAUGGGGGAGCAGCACAGUGGAGCCCAGUUGAUGGGGGAGCAGUACAGUGGAGCCCAGUUGAUGGGGAUGCAGCACAAUGGAGCCCAGUUGAUGGCGAAGCAGCAGCACAGUGGAGCCCAGUUGAUGGGGGAGCAGCACAGGGGAGCCCAGUUGAUGGGGGAGCAGAUGCACAGUGGAGCCCAGUUGAUGGGGAAGCAGCAGCACAGUGGAGCCCAGUUGAUAGGGAAGCAGCAGCACAGUGGAGCCCAGUUGAUAAGGAAGCUGCAGCACAGUGGAGCCCAGUUGAUGGGGGAGCAGCACAGUGGAGCCCAGUUGAUGGGGGAGCAGCAGCACAGUGGAGCCCAGUUGAUGGGGAAGCAGCAGCACAGUGCAGCCCAGUUGAUAGGGAAGCCGCAGCACAGUGGAGCCCAAUUGAUGGGGGAGCAGCACAGUGGAGCCCAGUUGAUAGGGAAGCAGCAUAAUUGUGGAGCCCAGUUGAUGGGGGAGGAGCACAGUGGAGCCCAGUUGAUAGGGAAGCAGCAGCACAGUGGAGCCCAGUUGAUGGGGGAGCAGCACAGUGGAGCCCAGUUGAUGGGGGAGCAGCAGCACAGUGGAGCCCAGUUGAUGGGGAAGCAGCAGCACAGUGGAGCCCAGUUGAUAAGGAAGCAACAGCACAGUGGAGCCCAGUUGAUAGGGAAGCAGCAGCACAGUGGAGCCCAGUUGAUAGGGAAGCAGCAGCACAGUGGAGCCCAGUUGAUGGGGGAGCAGCAGCACAGUGGAGCCCAGUUGAUAGGGAAGCCGCAGCACAGUGGAGCCCAGUUGAUGGGGGAGCAGCACAGUGGAGCCCAGUUGAUGGGGGAGCAGCACAGUGGAGCCCAGAGCGUUGCUGGAGACCUGUCACUGCCACAUUUCACCCAGAGGCUGAAGAGCCAGGAGGUGGCAGAGGGACACCCCAUCCGACUGGAGUGCAGGGUAGCAGGAAACCCUCAGCCGCUGGUCAGGUAAGGAGAAUGGUGCUUGGUGGAAGUCUGCUUUGGUUGUGAUCAUAUUGGUGAUGAGUAUCAGUAGAAUGAGACAGUUAACACCAGUGGUAGAGCACAAGAGUUGGUUCAUUCAUUGUGUGCAUUAUCAGUAUAGUAAAUAUGACUGCUGCAUGUUCCUCAACAUACAGUGAGGGAAAAAAGUAUUUGAUCCCCUGCUGAUUUUGUACGUUUGCCCACUGACAAAGAAAUGAUCAGUCUAUAAUUUUAAUGGUAGGUUUAUUUGAACAGUGAGAGACAGAAUAACAACAAAACAAUCCAGAAAAAAAUGCAUGUCAAAAAUGUUAUAAAUUGAUUUGCAUUUUAAUGAGGGAAAUAAGUAUUUGACCCCCUCUCAAUCAGAAAGAUUUCUGUCUCCCAGGUGUCUUUUAUACAGGUAACGAGCUGAGAUUAGGAGCACACUCUUAAAGGGAGUGCUCCUAAUCUCAGUUUGUUACCUGUAUAAAAGACACCUGUCCACAGAAGCAAUCAAUCAAUCAGAUUCCAAACUCUCCACCAUGGCCAAGACCAUCAUAUAAUUGGCAUAUACAUUACUCUUACUGAAUUUCCACGUGGGCGAGGAUAUUGGAAAUUUAAUCAAAGCCUAUUGGAUGAUAAUUUAUUUAUAAUUAGAACAAAGGAAUUUAUAACUGACUUUUUCCGACAUAACAUAGGUACAGCAAAUCCCCUUAUUGUAUGGGACACCUUUAAAUGUGCCUUUAGAGGCCAUGCAAUUCAGUACUCAUCUCGAAAACAAAAGCAAUUUAGGUCAAAAGAGUUUAUACUAACAAAGGAAAUAGAAAGUCUAACAGAACAGAUAGAUAAAUAAAAACUGUAACAUAGAGGCUCAGAAUAAAUUAGAGGAAAAACUAAAAGAAAUUGAGAACUUAUUCAAGAAAGAUCAAGUGUAAUAUAUUAUAAAAAUAAAGCAAACUGGAUGGAAUAUGGGGAAAAAUGUACUUUACAACAAAGUACUUUAAGCAUAUGUUUUCUUUUCAGUCGCCUCCAUCUCCUCUAACUGAAGCUAAUUGUAGAGAUUUUUUUUCUAUUGAUAAUGUAAAAUUAACAGCCAUACAGAAAGACUCAUGUGAAGGUGAAAUUACAGAGGAGGAACUUCUGGAUGCAAUUAAAGAAUUUAAGUCUGGGAAAACUCCAGGGUUGGAUGGCAUACCAGUCGAGGUAUACCAAACCUUUUUUGAUAUACUAAGAGGACCGUUAUUAGCAUGUUUUAACCACUCCUAUGUAAAUGGUAGAUUAUCUGACACUCAAGAAGAAGAUCUCAUUAUUACUGAAACAGGAUACAAGUGGAAAAUAUAAAGAUCCAGUCCAUUAAAAAAAUUGGAGGCCCCCUUACACUUCAGUGUUGUGAUGUACAGUGGGGAAAAAAGUAUUUAGUCAGCCACCAAUUGUGCAAGUUCUCCCACUUAAAAAGAUGAGAGAGGCCUGUAAUUUUCAUCAUAGGUACACGUCAACUAUGACAGACAAAAUGAGAAAAAAAAAUCAAGAAAAUCAAAUUGUAGGAUUUUUAAUGAAUUUAUUUGCAAAUUAUGGUGGAAAAUAAGUAUUUGGUCAAUAACAAAAGUUUCUCAAUACUUUGUUAUAUAGCCUUUGUUGGCAAUGACACAGGUCAAACGUUUUCUGUAAGUCUUCACAAGGUUUUCACACACUGUUGCUGGUAUUUUGGCCCAUUCCUCCAUGCAGAUCUCCUCUAGAGCAGUGAUGUUUUGGGGCUGUCGCUGGGCAACACAGACUUUCAACUCCCUCCAAAGAUUUUCUAUGGGGUUGAGAUCUGGAGACUGGCUAGGCCACUCCAGGACCUUGAAAUGCUUCUUACGAAGCCACUCCUUCGUUGCCCGGGCGGUGUUUGGGAUCAUUGUCAUGCUGAAAGACCCAGCCACGUUUCAUCUUCAAUGCCCUUGCUGAUGGAACGUGGUUUUCACUCAAAAUCUCACGAUAUAUGGCCCCAUUCAUUCUUUCCUUUACACGGAUCAGUCGUCCUGGUCCCUUUGCAGAAAAACAGCCCCAAAGCAUGAUGUUUCCACCCCCAUGCUUCACAGUAGGUAUGGUGUUCUUUGGAAAUAAUCUCCCAAAUAUCACUAUUUCUAAAACAAGCCAUAGAAAGUUGGUUGCAAUUUCAUUUUAAUCCUCCAGAAACUACAGAACAAAUAAUGCAACAUAUAUUGUGGUUACAUUUAAAUAUACUAAUUGACAAAAAACCUUUAUUUUUUGACAAAAUGUUUAAAAAAGGUAUAGUCUUCGUAAAUGAUAUCAUCGGUAGGACUGGUGGAGUUAUGUCGCACAUGCAGCUAACAAAAACAUAUGGAAAUGUCUGCUCUACCCAAAAUUACAACCAAAUAAUUGCAGCUUUACCGCAAAAAUGGAAGAGGAAAGUGGAAGGGGGAGAAAGUAAGGAACUUGUCUGUCGGCCUUGCAUUAAAGAACAUAAUUGGUUAAGGAAAACUGUGAUAAAUAAAAAAGUAUAUCAGUUUCAUUUAAGGACCAAAGGAUUGACAGCCGUCUCAUAUAGAUUGCAAAAUAGUUGGGAAGAGAUUUUUGACGUACCGAUCUCAUGGCAUAGUGUUUAUGAACUGACAUGCAAAACGACACCGGAUUCAAAAAUUAGAAUCUUUCAAUUUAAAUUAUUAUAUAAAAUUCUUGCUACCAAUAUAAUGUUAUUUAUAUGGGGGAUACAAUCUCCCAGCUCUGCAGAUUUUGCUGUGAAGAGACAGAAUCAUUAGAUCAUUUGUUUUGGUACUGUCCAUUUGUAGCUUGUUUUUGGACACAGGUCCAGGAAUGGCUAAAGGAUUGCAAUAUUUACAUGGAGCUAACCUUGCAGAUAGCAUUACUGGGAGAUCUGAAAAGUCAUAGUCAAUCGAUCAAUAAUAUAAUAAUACUUUUAGCAAAAAUGUUUAUUUUUAAUUCACAAUCUGUAGAAGCAAUGAGAAUAGAAAGGUAAAACAUCAGAACUUUUGUAAAACAUCACAGUACAGUUGAAAUAUAUAUGGCAAAUAGAAAUCCUAUAUGGAUGGUGUUAAGAGAUAGAUUGGAGGUGUUGAAUGGAGUUGAAGGAUGGGACUAAUAACAAAUAACAACAAAUAAUAACAAGAUAACUAAUAAUGUAAGCAUACUGUGUCCAGAAUAAGUAUAUAGGUUGUAUGUUGGGAGCUUUUGGGAAAGAGCACAGUUAGAAAGAUAUGGCAUAUAGAAGCAAACCGGAUGGACAUCGAAUGAAAAUGAUCGGAGAGGUUGAGAGUAGAAGAAGUUCAGGAGCAAAAACAAAUAAAAUAUAAUUAUUGUAAAAUUGACUGUGUCCAUAAAAUGUAGAUAGUAAGUAUAAGCUGGAAGUAGAGGCCUAAGCAUUGUUGUUCACUAAUUUACCCCAAGUAGGGAAAGGAUGGCGGGGUUGAAAAGUAAUAAAGGGGAGUAUAUAUAUAAAAAAAUAUGGGGGAUUGGAAGUGAUGCAGACAAUUACAUUGAUGGAAGUUACAAUCUAUCUGCAAUAUUAAGCUGAUCUACCCCCCCCAAAAAAAAAAAAAAAAUAAUAAUAAAAAAAAAAAAAAAAAAAAAAAAAACAAGAACAAAGAGCUCUCCAAGGAUGUCAGGGACAAGAUUGUAGACCUACACACGGCUGGAAUGGGCUACAAGAACAUCGGCAAGCAGCUUGGUGAGAAGGUGACAACAGUUGGUGCGAUUAUUCACAAAUAGAACAAACACAAAAGAACUGUCAAUCUCCCUCGGCCUGGGGCUCCAUGCAAGAUCUCACCUCGUGGAGUUGCAAUGAUCAUGAGAACGGUGAGGAAUCAGCCCAGAACUACACGGGAGGAUCUUGUCAAUGAUCUCAAGGCAGCUGGGACCAUAGUCACCAAGAAAACAAUUGGUAACACACUACGCCGUGAAGGACUGAAAUCCUGCAGCACCCGCAAGGUCCCCCUGCUCAAGAAAGCACAUAUACAGGGCCGUCUGAAGUUUGCCAAUGAACAUCUGAAUGAUUCAGAGGAGAACUGGGUGAAAGUGUUGUGGUCAGAUGAGACCAAAAUGGAGCUCUUUGGCAUCAACUCAACUCGCCGUGUUUGGAGGAGGAGGAAUGCUGCCAAUGACCCCAAGAACACCAUCUCCACCGUCAAACAUGGAGGUGGAAACAUUAUGCGUUGGGGGUGUUUUUCUGCUAAGGGGAAAGGACAACUUCACUGCAUCAAAUGGACGAUGGACGGGGCCAUGUACCGUCAAAUCUUGGGUGAGAACCUCCUUCCCUCAGCCAGGGCAUUGAAAAUGGGUCGUGGAUGGGUAUUCCAGCAUGACAAUGACCCAAAACACACGGCCAAGGCAACAAAGGAGUGGCUCAAGAAGAAGCACAUUAAGGUCCUGGAGUGGCCUAGCCAGUCUCCAGACCUUAAUCCCAUAGAAAAUCUGUGGAGGGAGCUGAAGGUUCGAGUUGCCAAAUGUCAGCCUUGGAACCUUAAUGACUUGGAGAAGAUCUGCAAAGAGGAGUGGAACAAAAUCCCUCCUGAGAUGUGUGCAAACCUGGUGGCCAACUACAAGAAACGUCUGACCUCUGUGAUUUCCAACAAGGGUUUUGCCACCAAGUACUAAGUCAUGUUUUGCAAAGGGGUCAAAUACUUAUUUCCCUCAUUAAAAUGCAAAUCAAUUUAUAACAUUUUUGACAUGUGUUUUUCUGGAUUUUGUUGUUGUUAUUCUGUCUCUCACUGUUCAAAUAAACCUACCAUUAAAAGUAUAGACUGAUCAUGUCUGUCAGUGGGCAAACGUACAAAAUCAGCAGGGGAUCAAAUACUUUUUUCCCUCACUGUAAACUCAUAUUUAUUUAUACGCUACUGUAUAUCUGUUUAUCCUUUUAUUAAGAUCUCCAAUGGUAUGUGUUACCCAUUUGAUGUAGUUGGUAAAGAUCAGAACUCUGGCAUCCUUCCUUCUUAUACUGGAAAAUACAGACACAGAUACUAUAUUUAGUGCUAUCGUUGCAAGGCAGUUGAUCCUCUUGUUGGUCCGACACCAAUUUCCUUCUCCUCUAAGGGAAGUGGAUCCCCAUGGUGGAGACUGUUGAAACGAUCCCCCUCUGGAAGGGAGUCAAAUCAAACACACUGACUCCAGUGGAGGCUGCUGAGGGGAGGACGGCUCAUAAUAAUGGAUGGAACGAAGCAAAUGGAAUGGCAUCAAACCAUGUUUGAUGUAUUUGAUACCAUUCCACUGAUUCCUCACCAGCCAUUACCACAAGCCCGUCCUCCCCAAUUAAGUUGCCACCAACCUCCUGUGACUGACUCCCCAUUUGGAGACACACACGUGGUAACUUUUGAGGAUAUUUGGAUAUUUGGUGAAAAAUAUCCAACUGAACAACUUGGGUACAUACUUAUAUAGAGUGGUGUCUGUGGUAGGAAGCAGAGCCUUCAGUCAGAGAUAGGGUUGCUUGAUGGGUGUGGGAGUGGUAUGUUGAGGGAGCGGGAGGAGGUGAGAGCUGUUGGGUCGACAAGGCCUCCUUGGAACACCUGCUGUGUGGUUGGGACAGUUCCACUGUGUGUAACCACAGUAACCGAUAAGCCUUGCGACCAGGUGAUAGUGGACAACACCGUCAGGUCAGGGAGUUUCUGCCUGCUUGGUCAUUCUGUUCUUUAUUUAAAUAUACCACCCCCUGGAUAUAGGGAUUUGGACCAGUCCACCCGUAAACUAAAAUUACCCUUCUCUUCUUGUUUCUGGAAGUAGCAGUCUCUAAGCUGUGAAACUUCUCAAACAUAAAUUAAAUUAGUGUGCCCAAUGGACUUAUUUGUUAUUGUCUAGUUGUGGCCGGGCGUGGGGUUCAUUUUGAGGAGAAGAACUUCAUCCUGCCUGGUUGAGGUUGACUAACCCUGGAGGGUGGAGGUGAGAGGAGGCCAGGGUGUUCUGGGGAGUUUUGGACCCCCUGAGGUUUGUGUAAUCCUGGGUACAGAGGGUGAGAGGCCUGGGGGCCGUGGUUCUGAUAUGGUUCUCUCCUGUCCUGCUGGGCUAUAAGGGGCCUCUUCCUCUGCUGUAUAAAUAGUCUCCAAGCCAACAGGAGCCAGGCCCUGAAAUGUAAGCAAUGUCAUGACACAGCAUAUGUCAUGACACAGCGUUUUCCAUCACUCUCCACCUCUUCACCUCUCCACACCUUCUUGAGAAAUAUGAAGGUAGUAGUGUAGUGUUGUAUUUGACCACUAGGAGACAGCGUCCGUUUCCGAAUAUCCAUACUAGCAUACUGUACCACAUACUUAAACUGCAUACUAAUUUCGGCGUUUGAUGUAGUAGAAUUCACUCAUCUUUUCAGAGUCGAUCAAUUUACGCGCUGUACCAAAAUGAAGGAAUGGUGGGAGUCAACGCAAUCGUGCAUUAGAUGACGCAUUCAGAGUACUAUUUUAGAAAUUUCACAUACUAUUAAAAGUUAUUUUUUCACAUACUAUUUAGUACGCUAGUAUGGGUAUUCGGACACGGCCAGUGCAGCAAUGCAGACAUAGAGAGAGAGAGAGUGAAAGAGAGAGGAAGAGGGGGAGCGGUUAAUAUGGUCUGAGACUGGAAUAUUUUUGUUUGUUUUGUGUAACCUAUAUAUACACUGAACAAAAAUAUAAAUGCAACAUGCAACAAUUUAAAAGAUUUUACUGAGUUACAGUUCAUAUAAGGAAAUCAGUCAAUUGAAUAAAUUAAUUAGGCCCUAAUCUAUGGAUUUCACAUGACUGGGAAUACAGAUAUGUAUCUGUUGGUCACAGAUCCCUUAACAAAAAAGGUAGGGGCGUGGAUCAGAAAACCAGUCAGUAUCUGGUGUGACCACCAUUUGCCUCAUGCAGCGCGACACAUCUCCUUCGCACAGAGUUGAUCAGGCUGUUGAUUGUGACCUGUGGAAUGUUGUUCCAUUCCUCUUCAAUGGCUGUGUGAAGUUGCUGGGUAUUGGCGGUAACUGGAACACGCUGUCGUACACCUCAAUCCAGAGCAUCCCAAACAUGCUCAAUGGGUGACAUGUCUGGUGAGUAUGCAUGCCAUGGAAGAACUGGGAAAUGUUCAGCUUCCAGGAAUUGUGUACAGAUCCUUGCAAAAUGGGGCUGUGCAUUAUCAUGCUGAAACAUGAGGUGAUGGCGGUGGAUGAAUGGCACGACAAUGGGCCUCAGGAUCUCAUCAUGGUAUCUCUGUGCAUUCAAAUUGUCAUUGAUAGAAUGCAAUUGUGUUCAUUGUGCGUAGCUUAUGCCUGCCCAUACCAUAACCCCACCGCCACCAUGGGGCACUCUGUUCACAACGUUGACAUCAGCAAACUGCUCGCCCACACAACGCCAUCUGCCGGUACAGUUGAAACCGGGAUUCAUCUGUGAAGAGCACACUGCUCCAGCAUGCCAGUGGCCAUCGAAGGUGAGCAUUUGCACACUGAAGUCGGUUACAACGCCAAACUGCAGUCAGGUCAAGACCUUGGUAAGGACAACGAGCACGCAGAUGGGCUUCCCUGAGACUGUUUCUGACAGUUUGUGCAGAAAUUCUUCAGUUGUGUAACCCCACAGUUUCAUCAGCUGUCCGGGUGGCUGGUCUCAGACGAUCCCGCAGGUGAAGAUGCCAGAUGUGGAGGUCCUGGGCUGGCGUGGUUACACGUGGUCUGCAGUUGUGAGGCCAAUUGGACGUACUGCAAAUUCUCUAAAAUGACGUUGGAGGUGGCUUAUAGUAGAGAAAUGAACAUUCAAUUCUCUGGCAACAGCUCUGGUGGACAUUCAUGCAGUCAGCAUGCCAAUUGCACACUCCCUCAAAACUUGAGACAUCUGUGGCAUUGUGUUAUGUGACAAAACUGCACAUUUUAGUGUGGCCUUUUAUUGUAACCCGCACAAGGUGCACCUGUGUAAUGAUCAUGCUGUUUAAUCCGCUACUUGAUAUGCCACACCUGUCAGGUGGAUGGAUUAUCUUGGCAAAGGAGAAAUGCUCACUAACAGGGCUGUAAACAUUUUUUAGAAAAAUAAGCUUUUUGUGCGUAUGGAACAUUUCUGAGAUAUUUUAUUUCAGCUCAUGAAACAUGGGACCAACACUUUACAUGUUGCAUUUAUAUUUUUGUUCAGUAUAGUUGAUUUAUGUGUGAAUGUUGCUUGUAUAAUCAGUCUGGAAUUGUGAUUUGGAUUUUUAUAAGUCUUGAAUUGUCUAUGCAUUGUUCAUGUGAAACUGAGGUCUUGUUUACUUCCAGUCAUGGAGAUCUGGAUAGAACUUCACACAGAUGUUUUGUCACUUAUUUUAUCCUGCAGAUACCCACUUUUAAGGCUUGACUUGUUUUCUGUCUAUUGACACUAGGUGGCACUAUGGUAUUUAUAAUUCAGAAAGAUGUUGCACAAUGUCUUCACAGUCCCCAAUGGAAUUUGCAACAUCUAGGAAGUCCAAAUGACAUCCCAGUAUUAAAUGAAUAUGUUGACAACAUGUUGACAUAGAUGUGUAAGAACAUCUACUGGUGUUGGUUUCACAGGUAUGAACAAAUGUCAGAGGUUUUCCACCUCAACCAGUCAACUGCUUCAGUUGUGUAUAUUUUGUGUGUUCUCUAGGUAAAUGGAUGGUGUAUCAGGGUAAAUACAUUGGGGUUAAAAGGCUGAGCUAUGGCGUUUCAUAAACACACUGUUCCUCUGCCCUUCAUCCAUCUCACUCACCAGGACAGACACACAAUAACAUUCAGACUGCCCUGGGACUGAGUGGUAUAAAGAGAACAUGCCUCUUCUCCUGGUGAAGACUAUUCGACAGUGUUGUAAGGGAAAUGUUGAGUACCAGAGAAUCCAUGUAAAAGGAAACACACUUUCCCUGUAAAAUUCUACACAAUAUUUUUGGUUCUGGACUGGCCCUAGUUAUGUAAUACACCAUGAGAGGUCAUAUCUCCUCCUACAUUGCAGACAAGGAAUAAGUAACAUCUUAAUUUGAGCUGUACAGGGAUCUUAUACUGCUACGAUACACCCAAACAGUUCCAGGUGUGGCGAGGCAUGCCAGUAUGUAAACAUUGGGUUUGGCAUAGCAGACAGUGUAAAUUGCACCCAUACCUUGUAGGCGCUGUAUAGAUGUAUGCAUGCUGGGUUUGUUUAUACAGGCCAAGUGGGGUCUGCAUGUGUGUGAGGAUUUUAAGGAUGAAGAUACCUCCCUGCGUGUGUGUGUGUGUGUCACAGUCACAUCUGUUCCCUGCGGUUGUACCCCAGGAGUUGCAGAGGGGCUGUGUUUUGGGAAUUACCCUGUAAUGUGAUAUCAGGGGUGAUUUACUGCAGAAAAGUACCACAUGGAUGCAGUGAACAACGGCUACCUCCCUGCCUAGGCGCUAAAGGUUAUGUUGUUUUAGCAACAUUUUACAGAAUGUUUUGCAUUUAGCCUACAUAUUAAUUGCUAUUUAAUUAUAAUAUUUUAAGAAUGACAUACAAAUAAAAAUCUUAUGUAUUGUGUAUUUUUCAGUUACGCUUUAUCUCCAUGGAAGCUAUCCAUAGAUACCAGGCCGUAGAGAUAGCCUGGGUAAUAUGGACAUGGUUUAUUAUCUGUCAUAACAACUUCUUAGGAAGGGUCAUGAUUCUAACUCCUUGGUCAAGCACAUCAACUGCUAAUCUAAUCAAAUGAGAUACCAGCACAGAUACUAGAUAGAUAGCUUUGCCUUCCUUCCUUCCUGCCCCCCCAUGGCACGCUUGUCUCAAAAGGCAUUCUCACGCACACACAUGUUUUCUAUGUGCAUCUAUGUACCCUUUGUUCCUCGUUACUCUAAUUUCAAUAGCUAGUACAUGAUUGUAUGUGUAUGUGUGGUGUGUUUGCAUAGGUGUUAGUAUUUGUAUCUCCCUUUACUUCCCACCAAUCUGUCUUAAAUGGUUCUUCCUCAUUUUAACACUCAUUUCCCUUGGGCAGGGGCUUUGAUGGGGUUGCCAGGUCUUGGCAAGAGGUCCCCCGUCCUCACCUCUAAAAAUGCCUUUUGCACAUUCACUCUCAGGGUAACGAGUUGGUGAUGAGCUAGUAGUGCCAACAUUUUACAUGCCCACUGGGAGAGGCAUUCCUGGUGGCAGGGCGCGGUCCCGUGGUCAUGGGCGACUGCAGUUGUCUGUGGUCUUGGUGCGAGAGACCUACGGUCGCUGAGCGCCUGGUAUUCCUCAGUGUACACUCCGGCUCCUCAAACACACUGAGAGAGAGGCCUGUUUGGCAUUAGGACGGUGUGUGUGUGUGUCUGUGUGCGUGUGUGCAUGUGGGUGUGUCGGGGACACCUCCUCUAAAGGUCUGGUUAUAUUAGCAGCGGGGUUGUUUUAUAAUGCCUUGCCCAGAGAGAGAUGAUGCCAUAACUAUACAUACAGAAGAGUGGAAGAUAAUCCAUCUUUGCUGUGGGUUGAAGGAUGUACAUGUGUACGUGAAUAUGUGUGUGUGGUUGGCUGCAGAAGUAUUUAAAUUGUAUUUAGUAUUUCAAAUUGCUACUAACCAUCUUCUGCAUCUCUCCAAAUAUUUUAUGUGAAAUUUGGUGGUUUCUUCAUUUGAUUUCCUGUAUAAAGUGCAGCCAGGGACGAACACCAGCUUUCUCUCACCAGCUUUAUCUAUUUUUUCCACUUUGAGUAACUAACUUUACCUGCAAUAUGCUUAACUCAAUCAACUUUUGCACCCGUUUUUGCAGCUGUUUCAGUACAGCAUUACAGAGAGAGUGAGGGGGAGAGGGCAAACUCCACUGAACUAGUUUCAGUGUAUGGAAUCACUUGGGAGUUUCUGGAUUUUGGGUAAACUUCUCCUUUAAUGAUUCCAGCUUUAAUUGUUGUGUGUUUGAUGUGUUAUUUAAAGGCUUUCUGUUUAAUGUUCUUUCUUGUCAUCACCAUAACUGCUUGUCGUGCAAACAAAGCAUUUUCUAAACUGGUCUUGGAGUAGAGAGUUGGUAGUGAGACCUAGAAGGAGACGGCUGUGGGGAAGCAGCCUUGGCUGCACGGGAUAAACCAAACACACACAACCACAGAGGAAACUACAGGAAGAUGAGAAGCUAGAGAGGAAUUUUGCGAUGAAAUCCAAACAAGGCUGCGUUUCCAUCACCAGGAGCACACGGCAUUCCCUACGCUGGUGUUGGAAUUUGUCAUCAAAUAUAGGAUUUUUGUUUAAAUUAAAAGCUCCUAUUUGCACAGCCUAAGUUUACUAUUUUUUCCCUCCUAGUGUAACAGAUAACUCAGCUAUAGCUGUUAUCCACAUCAGUUAUAUAAUAUGGUACCAUAGGGCUUCGGUCCUCAUCCUCAUAUAUUGAAAAAACUGGACAGACAUGGGUAGAUGUGAGAUUCGAAUGAGAAAAGAGAGAGUGAGAGUGAUGGGGGGGGGGGGGGUAAAGGAGAUGUUGGCAGAUUGUGAUGUUGCUGUUGUAGUAAAGAGAUACAUUAGCUCUUCCUCUUUAUUUCCAUUUAACAACAGCUAUAGUAUGAGGUCAUAGCAGCCAGCCAACCAACCCACUACUGACCUAUGACGCAGUGGGACUGUAAUGCUGCUGCUAACUGUUUGGCCUAUUUUAGGAUGGCUGUCAUUUUUAUAUCUGCCUCAUGGGCUCGUUUCAUCUCCCUGGGUGGAGCACUAGCUGGCAUUUUCAUACCUUUUGUUAGCAGUGCAUGAGAAUGAUGUCAAAUCAUAGUUCUCAAUAAUGACAAAGCUUAGGAUAGGGAUCAUCAACUAGAUUCAGCCGCGGGCCGAUUUUUUCUUGAGCGGAUGGUCAGGGGGCCGGAACAUAAUUACAAAUCAUUUGUAGACUUGAUGCUUUUUAUUGUUUGCAGACAGAUGCGAAAGUUUCAGUUUGACGCACAGAUAGUUCUCACUAUGCUGUGUGUGUAAAUACAUGAGUAGAUGUGUGCUGGUAGUUCGCACCAUGCUGUUUGGGAAUGUAGUGUGGUAACGGUGUAAGAGCAAUCGUCAGUCAGUCCAUAUGCUCAUUAAAGGUUACAGUGCCUUUGGAAAGUAUUCAGACCCCUUGACUUUUUCCACAUCUUGUUACGUUACAGUCUUAUUCUACACACAAUACCCCAUAAUGACAAAGCGAAAACAGGUUUGUAGACAUUUCUGAAAAUGUAUUAAAAAUCAAAAACAGAAAUACCUUAUUUACGUUAGUAUUCAUACCCUUUGCUAUGAGACUCGAAAUUGAGCUCAGGUGCAUCCUGUUUCCAUUGAUCAUCCUUGAAAUGUUUCUACAACUUGAUUGGAGUCCCUCUGUGGUAAAUUCAAUUGAUUGGGCAUGAUUUGUCUAUAUAAGGUCCCACAGUUAACAGUGCAUGUCAGAGCAAAAACCAAGCCAUGAGGUCGAAGGAAUUGUCUGUAGAGCUCAGAGUGAGGAUUGUACAGAUCUGGGGAAGGGUACCAUAACAUUUCUUAAAUGGAAGAAGUUUGGAACCACCAAGACUCUUCCUAGAGCUGGCCGCCCAGCCAAACUGAACAAUUGGGGGAGAAGGGCCUUAGUCAGGGAGGUGACCAAGAACCCGACGGUCACUCUGACAGAGCUCUAGAAUUCCUCUGUGGAGAUGGGAGAACCUUCCAGAAGCACAACCAUCUAUGCAGCACUCCACCAAUCAGGCCUUUAUGGUAGAGUGGCCAGACAGAAGCCACUCCUCAGUAAAAGGCACAUGACAGCCCACUUGGAGUUUGCCAAAAGGCACCUAAAGACUCUCAGACCAUGAGAAACAAGAUUCUCUGGUCUGAUGAAACCAAUAUUGAACUCUUUGGCCUGAAUGCCAAUCGUCACGUCUGGAGGAAACCUGGCACCAUCCCUAUGGUGAAGCAUGGUGGUGGCAGCAUCAUGCUGUGGGGAUGUUUUUCAGCAGCAGGGACUGGGAGACUAGUCAGGAUCGUGGCAAAGAUGAAUGGAGCAAAGUAAAGAGAGAUCCUUGAUGAAAACCUGCUCCAGAGCGCUCAGGACCUCAGACUGGGGGAAGGUUCACCUUCCAACAGGACAACAACCCUAAGCACACAGACAAGACAAUGCAGGAGUGGCUUCGGGACAAGUCUCUGAAUGUCCUUGAGUGGCCCAGCCAGAGCCCGGACUUGAACCCGAUCGAACAUCUCUGGAGAGACCUGAAAAUAGCUGUGCAGCAACGCUCCCCAUCCAACCUGACAGAGCUUGAGAGGAUCUGCAGAGAAGAAUGAGAGAAACUCCCCAAAUUCAGGUGUGCCAAGCUUGUAGCGUCAUACCUAUGAAGAUUCAAGGUUGUAAUCGCUGCCAAAGGUGCUUCAACAAAGUACUGAGUAAAGGGUCAGAAUACUUAUGUAAAUGUGAUAUUUCCAUUUUUUAGAUCAGUUCUACAAACCUGUUUUUGCUUUGUCAUUAUGGGGUAUUGAGUGUAGGAAAAAAAACAAUUUAAUCAAUUUUAGAAUAAGGCUUUAACGUAAUAAAAGUUGGAAAAAGUCACUGUAUGGCGUCAUUACUGCCACUUUUGUACAGAUGUACAGUAUGUUUAAUGUGCAGAGCUGUGGUGUAGUGGUAAUACUCCCUGUCACCAAUCACAUAUAGACUCCCCACUGGAGACUGGGGUUCAAUCCCUGCGUCCACCCUUCCCACUGUUGAUCCCACCUACCUGUAUCCCCCUCUGAUUUCUAAACUGUGUCAAUAAAAGUGUGAAAUACCCAUUUAAAAAAUAUAUACAUUAUGCAUUGCACACAUAUAAACACGCACAUGCACCCUUGAACAGAGGGGUGCACACACAAAUACAGUAAGCUAGCUCAUAUGCAGUAAAGCCUUCAGAUGGACACGUGUCACUGCUGUUCAUCACCGGAGUGUGUUAAUAACAGGCACGAAGAUGGGAGCCGUUGGUUCUCAGCCUUCCUUCUGGCCCCAGACCCUGGACCCGGACCCUCCUGGGCUGGAGACAGGGUGUGAAGUUUCCCCGCUGG